AUGCUUUCAGAUAUCAAACAAUUUGAGUAAGAACAUAAAGAAGAAAUGAAAAUACUUCAAUAGAAAUAUGAAUAAAAGGUAUAAAAUUCAUAGUAUUUUAAUUAGAUAGAGUUCAUAUCAUAAAAAAUUGAUAUUUUAUAAAAAGAAUUAGAAGUCAAAGACAAUAUUUAUUAAGAUCUUAAAAAUAGAUCUAUUUAAAAUGAGGAAUCUAAUAUAUAAAAAAGUGAAGAAAAUGUUUAAGAUUUUGGUGCUACUAUUUAAAAGUUUCAUAAAUAAAAAGAAAAGGAAUUGAUGAAAAUUAAAAAGAAUUAUUAAAAAGAAUUGAUUCACAAUUAGAAGUUAUUAAGAAAAAAAGAUGCUACUAUAGAGUAAUUAUAAUAAGAAAUUUCAUAAUAUAAAUAAGUGGCUUCAUAAAAUAUGGAUAAUCAAAAAAUUUUGUUACUUUCCAAAUUAAUUGAUUUAGCAAAUGAAAUUCAUAAAUAACUCUGA